AUGGGAAUCAUCCUUUCGCUAAUAUUCCCCGGCCAGUUCAUGUCCUCCCAAUAUUCUCCUGCCUCGACUUUCACCGACGACUCUCGCUCACCAUCCCCGGACCACGACAUCCCAUCCACCUCUCUCCUCCACCCCCCAGACGAAGACCUGCCCGACCUGUCCCCCCCUUCAACCCCGAAGUCUUCCGUCGUUGCCUCUCCUCCGCUCGAGGUUCAGUCCUACACCCCACACGCCCUCGGUAUCGGCAUACUCUCCCCCCAGCCGGUUCUUGGCCGCUUCGCGCCUAUUUCUCGUGCAAGCCUGUCUCCGCUCCAGGUUAGAACGUCUCCGGUAGACCAGCGCCCAACCGCACUAGAGUGUCCGUCCCCGCGCGAUCGCGGCUCGACCAAUCCGUUCGACAUUCAUGCCCUGCACGCGCUUGGCGCCCGCUCUCCGGAAAGCGCGCACACUUCCCCCCCGCCCCCACCCUCUCUGCGGUAUAUCGGUGACCCGUCGGCUAGGUCUAGCCCCACCGGUGAGCGUGUCGCGUCCGCAAAUUCGUCUGCUACUGGUGCCGUAUCUUCCGGCUUGCGUAUCGCCAUCCCUCCCCCAAAUCCUACCGCGUCAAGUUCAACGCCCUCCCCUCCGCUCCUCCCGCCGCCUGCGAAUGACCCUGGCGCGAAUGCCGCCGCGUCGGACGCUGAACAGGCAGCUUCUGGAAACCCGUUUGAUCCCGAGGCACCUCCGGUUGACUUACUGGUGCCCCCGACCGAUCUCAAUAUCGACUUCACGGAGCUCGAUACUGAGGGCUACAGCGCACUGGAGAAAAUCUACCUCUUCUCCCGCAGCAGAGCCGGGUUCCAUAGGGUGUUUAUCGCGCACGCGCUCCCGAGAUACUUGUUGGGCGCCGAACUCGCUACAAGUGACCUUCCCAGCCAGGAGCAGAUUGAACAAAUCACCCCGAGUGAGGCGGUCGAUUAUGUUCUCCCGCUGCUGAACAUCCUCGCCACUGAUGAUGACGAAGCCGUUAAGGAGGCUCUAGCUGCCGAGCUCGUGCCCAUCAUCUGGUGGUUUGUCACCCACUGCAGGCUUGUCGAAGACGACACCAUCUCGCAGCCGCCCUCUCCGCCCACGGCCACAUCGCCUCCGACACUAGAGCGCGAGUCGUCUCUUCCGCGUCCACCGACUCCGCGUCCUGACGAGCUCUUACAUGAGCAGGAAGCUUCGUUGGCCUCGGAUAUCGCCAGCUUCAGCGCCAGUGAGAGCGGCGAUGUCCUGACAGACAUCUCUGUCCAGGCCUUCACGCCGCUCCUCGGAACCCUGCUUCUCAGUCCUAACGGCAUGGUCGGUGGUUCUGCACGGUACGCUGUGGUGGAGUUGUUGCGGCGACUUCGCCGGGCUGACCAGCGUGAGGACGACGACCGGGCAUCACGAUAUGGUUCUUCAGACGACGUUUCAGUUGACAGCCAGCCACAGCGGCAGCCCAGUCCAACUCCAUCGCAGGUAGCCGAGGAACAGGAUGCGGCCGAGCAUGCGGAUGUGGGGCUGUUUCAGCGGAAUGAGCGGCGAUUGUUCGAACACGAGCUCAUUUACCAAGUCGUCAUCGGCAUGGGACGUCUCGACAUGGAUGACGGCAGACCCGACCAGCAGGAGGACCUCUACGAGACCAACCCCGGUUCCGGCGUAUCGACGGCUGUCCCGACGCCUCACGCGGAGGCGAUGGUCACAGGCGCAGAUUCGUACUUCCCUACGACGUCAGCACUCGGGCUAGCCGUUGAAUCGCUCGCAACGAUGUCUACACCAACGUCGCCGCCGUCAUCACCGCCGUUAACCGAAGAUUCCUCCGCGCCGCCAACCGUCGCGGUGCCUUCUCCCGUGCCCUCGCCCUCCCCGCCCAUCUCCUCCGGAUCCUCCAUCUCGGACUCGCCUGGUAACUCAUGCUCGUCAACGCCGUCUCUCACGUCUCUGACUUCCUGUUCGUCUGGCGGGUCAGACCAAGCUGAGUUUAGCGGGACAGAUCAACCAAGCUUCGAACCCGGCGAGCUGCCCAAAGAGGACGAGCUCUCGGUCCCGAUGGAGGUGGACGAGGUCGCCGGCGCCGACAUGCAUGUGCCGAUGCCGGACGAGUGGCUGCCGACGGACGCGCUUCCUCGGCACGCCGCGCUUCCCACGACCCCGCCGUUCGAGGUCCCGCCGCCGCCGCCGUCGCCACCGCCGCCCGUCGCCGCCCCGAUCCCGCUGUCGGUCGACGCGCUCGCGGGAGUCGGCAUUCCACUUGUGCAGGUGCAGCCGCCGUCGACUAGUCCGGUUGCGGAGACCGCGCCGCGGGUGGCGGAGGGGUGGCUCAGCCCCGGCUCGGCAGCGCGGAAUCUGGCGAUGGACGAGGACGACGGGAGCGACGUCAAUGAGGAGGCGGCGGUUGGCCGCUUGAGCAGCAUGAGUCUGAUGGCGGCUGUCACAGCGAGCGGCUCAAUCGGGGAGGAGGCGAAGGCCGCGUUUGUGGCCGAGGUCGAGCGUGUCGGGAGAGACUCUAUUUAUUGGGUGCGGCGAGAAGCUUCCUUCGCUGUUGGGGCACUCGCCAAGGUGGUCCCCGUCGAGGUGGUGACGUCGUCUUUGCUUCCAUUAUUUGAGAGCCUGUGCCACGACCCGACAUGGCACGUACGGCACUCGGUCCUCUUCGCUCUGCCCGCUAUCCUUUCUCGCUUGACACCAGACCACCGCCGGAGACUAGCCCUUGAAGUUAUCCUGCCGCUCUCAGAAGAUGAGGAGCCUACCGUCCGCUCCGCAGUUCUCGAAGCACUGGGCGAGGUCAUGUACACAUUCGCGCAAGACGAGGGUGGGCCUCCGGACCAGCUGCUCAAGCUCUUCCUCGGUAUCCGGGAAACGGAAGAUCCAGGUGGAGGUCACGGCAACAGCGAGACGACAACCGUCGAGAAGGAACACGCCCCAUCAUCGCCGGAAAGCCGUAUAGCCCAACCUCCCUCCGCUACAUCCACCACAGCGAUUAGUUCCGCAUGGAGCGACUACGGGACCGAUGCUGGAGCGGGCCCUGAUAUUUAUGAUGAUCCUCAACGUCCCCUGGUCUGCGCCUUCAAUUAUCCCGCGGUAGCCUUCACGCUCGGGCGCGAUCGAUGGCCCGAGCUACGGCCUCUUUACCACACUCUCGCGCAGAGCCCCGCCUUCAAGAUUAGGCGCACACUCGCCGCUUCCAUCGGCGAGAUGGCGAAGAUUAUCGGCGAGGAACACUCACGGGCAGACCUCAUGGAUGUCUGGCGGGAGAGCCUGCGAUCGGACGAGAGCGAGGUGCGGUUGCGGGUGUUAGACGCGAUACAGACAUUUGUCCGAGCGCUCGCUCAGCCGGAGCGCCGGGAGGUGAUCAAGGACCUCGAAGAUGCGCUCCUGAACGGGAAGCUGUCGUCGUGGCGCGAGAGGGAGCGGGCGGUGAAGACGUUGGGAGGGCUGGUGGAGGUCGAGGGCAUCGACGGAGAGGUGUUAAGAAGGCUGCUGGUCAACGCCCUCGACGACCGUGUGGCGGCCGUCCGAGAAGCGGCAGUUACGGCGAUCCCUUCGUUUAUCAGGGAGUGGAAAGAGCGGCCGACACUGCUCGAAGAGCUGCGCGCCGACAUUAGGGCGUUCGCCGCGGCGGAGACGUUCCGCAAGCGGACCACGUACGUGGUGUGCGUGCAGGAGAUGCUCGCGUCGGACCAGGCCGACGUAGCGGUGCGGGACACGACGUUCUGGACGACGCUCUCACAACUCGGUCGGGAUCCAAUCGUGGACGUGCGCAUACGCGUCGCGCGACUGCUCGGUCUGAUUUCCGACAAGUUCAGCCGCGAUAGCGACAUUGCGGCAAAGACCGCCGCGCUCGCGCUCGAUCUCCUGCGGGACGACUCCCACGAGGUGCGCGCGUUCGCCGCGGCGGUCGCUGCCGGCGCUACUGCCCCCGCGGCUGCACCGAAGCGUCCGACGCCGUUGGACCACAUCGGGAAGAGCGCGACGACGUUCUCGCGCCCCCCACCCCCAAGUCCGAACAGCUGAGCCCCGCCGACGCAUCAUGUGCGGAUGGUUCCCAACGGAGGCGGCGCGCACGCCGCCCUGCCGAGCUUGGACGCGCCCUUCUUCCGCAGACGGGUCAGCCGCUACACGAUGUGUAGCGCGGCGCAGCGCGCGAUGCACAACUAUAGACCGCUCGAAGCAGCGGACAUGGGGAGGCUCCCAGCACGAGAACCCGGCCCUCGGCGUCGGCACGGGGCGCAGCCUUCUUCGUCCGACGUCAUGCGUGCUUCGCGCGGACUUCCACGUCGCGCGUCCCGGCGCACGGUGCGGGACGCGAGACCUCCGCCCGCAUGCGUGCCCGUCCCCGUCGGUCAGCAGACCGCCGGCGCCCUCCCACUGUAACUUAUCACGCACGACCGCACCCGCUUCCCUGCAGCACUAUCGCCGCCGCCAUACAGGUUCUCCUCCCUCGUCUGUCUAACGUAUUCUCCGAGCUCGAGCUCUCUCUCCCACAUUCCCGACAGUGCGUUCCGUCCACGUUGUAUCACUACGUACAUACAUACAGAGCCCUUAGCGUAGCAUUAGGUAUCCCCCUAUUGAAAAUAAUCAACUGC